AUGGUAAUGCUGAAGAGGAUCUCAUAUGAAGCUUCAGAUGAACUGCUAAGCAACAAACAGAUGUACCCAUCUUUCUUUCGCACCAUCCCCAGUGAUAAAAACCAGGUGAAAGCCAUGCUCGAGAUUCUUGUGAGAUACAACUGGACCUGGAUAGCCCUUCUCGGCAGUGACAAUUCAUAUGGCUUGCAGGGGAUGUUGAGCCUGUCGCAGCAAGCAUCAGAUUUUAAUAUCUGCAUCGCAUAUCAAGCAGUGAUUCCAAGACUCAAAAAUGACACACAGCAGCAGAUACGAAACAUUGUCAAGAAUAUCAUCAAAACCAAAGUGAAUACCAUAGUAGUGUUUUCCAGCAAGAGAAUUGCCAAAGGGUUUUUCUUAUUUGUGAUAGAGCAGAAUGUGACAGGGAAAGUGUGGAUCGGGUCUGAGGACUGGUCAAUGGCAACCUUAGUGUCUAAUAUCCCUGGAAUCAGUACUAUUGGAACUGUCUUGGGUGUGUCUGUAAAAUAUACACCUUUUAAUGGGUUCGAAGAUUUUGUGAACAAGGCCAUAACUAAGCUUAGAAACAUCAGUGUUGAAAACACUGAAAUGAGCGUCCCAUGCUUACAGAAUACUGACCUGUACAAAAUGGCAUCUGCACAAUAUUCUCUGGCGGAAUAUGAUAUUACCUCUUCGUUUAACGUGUAUCGGGCGGUAUAUGCAGUGGCUUAUGCAUUGCACCAGGCUCUCAGGUGUGAUUCUGAAAAAUGUCAGAACACUGAAAUUCAGCCAUGGCAGCUCUUCCAAUAUUUAAAACAAGUACGGAUUUCCAUCAGAAACACAACAUUAUUUUUUGAUGCGUAUGGAAACCCACCAGCAGGAUAUGACAUUAUCACAUGGAUAUGGCUUAAUAAAACAUGGUCUCUUAGAAUGGUGGGAUCAUUUAUUUCAGAGCCCCCUACUCUUCAAAUGGAUGCUUCACAGAUACAGUGGGUAGGACAUGUUUAAAAUAUAACCUAUAUAUGUGUUAUAGAUCUCCAGGUUUGGUUUUAUACCACCAGUAAAUAAAAAACUGAAAUUACAGUAUGGUUAAAUGUAAUUCAUAAUGUAAUCAUUACAAACAGUUACCAAAACGUACCAAAUGGAUCGUAUGCUAGAUUAACACUGUAUAUUUUUGCCUACCCAGAUGCCUGAGUCACGUUGUUCCCCAGAAUGUUCCUAUGGGUACAGACAACUGCAGCUUGGACAACACAAAUGUUGUUUUGAGUGCAUAGAAUGUCCAGCUUCUACUUUCCUCAACAAAACUGGUGAACACACUAGCCAUGUAUUACACAUAUUAAGGUGUAUGUUAAGCGGACAAGCUGUAGUUCAGUAUAUCACCACCAGAUGGUGGUUAUUGCAUUGCUUCCAGGUGUGAUAUUACCUAUGGUAAU